CAAGCAUACGAUCAACCGCACUGCAUUUUACAAACUUACACUUGUGCUUAUUGUAUAAAUUGUAAAAAUGGAAUCAUCAUUUAUAAAGCACACAAAAAAAGGAGACGACAAAUCGUCAACAUGGUUUUAUUUUCUAAUAUCAACAAGUUCAGAGGAAGCCAAGUGCAAAAAAUGUAAUGCAGUCCUCAAAACAAAGGGUGGUUCAACAAAAGGAUUACACGAACAUUUAAAGGUUCAUGGCAUAAAGUUGUGCCGCGAAGCAACUCCUACAAUUGCUGUUCCCAAGAAAGUGGCAAAAAUUACUUCACAUUUUUCACCAAACAAUGAAGAAAAUAUUCGUGCUAUUAUGGCCAGUUUGGUAGCUGUGGAUGGAUUAGCAUUUUCAACCAUUGCGCAAUCAAAACAAAUCAGAAAAGGUAUGGAAGCCAGAAAAUUUAAAGUUCCCAAAUCUGACACCACAAUCAGAAAAUAUGUAAUGGAAUAUUUUGAAGAAUGUCGCGAAAGAGUGAAAAAAGAAAUAAUCGAUUUGAAAGUGAAAAAUAAUAGAUUUAGCAUUUCAUUCGACGAAUGGACUUCUGUGGCCAAUAAACGCUACUUGAAUUUAAUACUGCAUGGUCAAAAAAACAUAUGGAACUUGGGACUCGUCCGAAUAAAAGGUGCCGCAACUUCUGAAAACUGCAUUGAUAUGAUUGAAUCUCGUUUGGUAGAUUAUGACUUGAGUUUAGCAACUGAUAUUAUUUCUAUUAUCACUGAUGGUGCCUCAACUAUGUUGAAAAUUGGCAAACGCAUAGGUCCACAUCAACAGCUGUGCCUGGCACAUGGAAUACAGCUCGGUAUCCUUGAUGUGAUGUACAAAAGACAAAUAAGAAUUGAGCCAAAUGAAAUUUCUAUAUGUGAAGAUGAUGAUUCCGAAGAAGAUACGAGAGAUCAAACUGAUUGCAUACAGUUAGCUGAUAAUGAAGAACGUGGAGAACUUACAGACGAAUUUGAUAUCAAAAAAAUUAUAGACAAAAUUCGGAGCGUUGUACGGUCAUUUCGAAAAUCUCCCAAAAAGAAUGAAAUUUUACAAAAAUAUGUGAAAAUGGAGUUCAACAAAGAGUUGCAGCUCAUCCUAGAUUGUCAGACUCGGUGGAACAGUUUACUAAAAAUGAUCGAACGGUUUCAUAUGCUGGAGUCUUGCUUGAAAAAAGCGAUGGUCGACCUUAAGGCAGAUUGCUUGAAAGAUUUUGAAUUUAAUAUUAUUAAAAGCAUUAUUAAAGUUUUAAAGCCGGCAGAGUUAGCUAUAGAAGCUUUGUGUCGCCGUGACAUGAACCUCUCUUCUGUUGAUGCAGUGAUACAUUUUAUGCUGGACGAAGUUAAAAAUGUGGACUUAUCAAUAGCUUUCAAUCUUUUUGAAUCAAUUAAAAAACGCGUUUCUGAAAGGCGCACAAUAUACACGAAUAUAUUGAAACUAUUAAUAACGGGAAAUUUUGUAAGUACCACAAAUGAACCGAAUUUAGAAGAAAUGACAAACACUAUUGUAGAAAUUGUCAAGAAGUACAAUACUAAUGAUGUUGAGAAUCGCGAUAUUGAUUUAAAAAUAAUCGAAAAUGAAAAGGAAAAAACGUUGAAGCAAAGGUUGCAAGAAACUGUCAAAGAAUCUCGCGUUUUAAAAAGAGAUGUCUCAUUAUCAGUAGAGGAAGCGGUACCAAAGGAAAUAAAUUUACUUCUUGGGGGUGGCGGGCUUGGCAGCAAUCUGGAGGUUGCUUGUAAUUUUUUAAAGACAAUACCACCAACUAGUGUUGAAUGCGAGCGUUGUUUUUCAGUGUCUGGCCGCAUUUGCACUAAAAUCAGAUCUAGUUUAAACGAUGAAACAAUGGAUGCGCUUGUAUUUUUAAAAUACUAUUUAAAAUAAGUUCCUACAGAAA